AUGAUUAGACUAUAUUUUUAUAUUUCAUUGCAAUUAAUACUAUGUUCCACGGUCGAUAUUAAACCUAAGUUAACAUUGGAUGAAUUUUUGGAUUAUACAUAUUUUCCGUCAAUAAGCUUAUCACCGACUAAUAAACAUUUACUUAUUCAAACAAAUCGUCCAUCAUGGAAUACUAGUUCUUUCGAAAACGCUUUAUGGCUUCAUGAUAUUGAAAAUCGAACAAAAACAUUGAUUACUCAUACUCUUAAUCCAACAAUUAAACCAAAAUGGUCACCUAAUGGUGAUUGGAUUACAUUAUCAUUAAGUAUACAACAAUCGGAACAAUAUAUUUAUUUAUAUUCUAUCGUCGCAAGCAAAUUAUUCCCUAUUAAUAUUGGAAACAAUAUUCCAUUAACUUUAACAUGGUCAAACAAUAAUUCAGUUUUCUAUUUAGCAACAAUGAACUCAUAUUUAGUUAAUAACGAACCUAAUGAUCUAGAUAACGAUGAAUGGUAUGAUGUUAUUCAAUAUCGAAAAAAUCAAAUGAAUGAAAGUACAACAAUCUAUCAGAUUGAUUUGAUUGAUAAUAAUUCUUCACCAUCUGUGAAAAUAAAUUUUAUUAAAAAUGUUUCUUUUUUAAUUAUUGAACUAUUAUUUGUUCCAUUGGAAGAAAAAAUAGUAUAUUCAACCAUGUCAACAGAUUUUGACAAUAUGGAUGCUUUUGAACUUUAUUCAAUUGAUCUUCGAAAUAUAUCAGCACCCGCUGUCCGAUUGACGAACAAUCAAAUAUUUGAACAUAAUUUACAAUUAUCGACUGAUAGUCAACAAGUAUUCUUUCUAUCAGGGCCUCUCGGUUCUACAAAAAAGACAUCUAAUAAUACACAAUAUCGUCUUUAUUCUGUAAACUUAGUGAAUACACAAAUGGAACGCUUAGCAGAUAAUUUUCGUGGUAGUAUUACGGGAUACAUAAUUAAAAGGAAUGAUAAUGUUUAUAUAAUUGGACAAGUAGGAACACAAGCACACAUUUAUACAUAUAAAUUAUCAACAAAACAGUUAAUUAUACAUAAUGGAUGGAAUGGAACAUAUCAAUCAUUUGUAUCAUCAUAUAAUAAUCAUUCAACUGCAUUUGUUUAUUCGUCAUUUCAAAAGCCUAUAGAAGUUUAUUUCAUUAAUAAUAUUGAUCAGCUCCAAUCAGCAGAAGCCAUAACAAAUUUUAAUCAAUUAUUUACUCAACGAGAUUUGCCACAAGCUGAAGUUUAUACUUGGAAAAAUGUAGAUGAUGAUCAACUAAUUGAAGGAAUAUUACAUUAUCCACCAGGACAAUAUCAAUCAAAAAAUUUACCACUUUUCGUUCUCAUUCAUGGUGGUCCAUCUGAGUCAAGUUUGAAUUCUUUUUCUGCAAAUUCUUUUUAUUGGGCAACUAUAGCAGCGUCAGAAGGUUGGCUCGUCUUAGAACCAAAUUAUAGAGGAUCACUAGGAUAUGGCGAUCAUUUUGUAGCUGAAGUUCGUAACAAACCUUUAUCUCGACCUGGAAAAGAUAUUCUUUCAGGAGUUGAUCAAUUAAUCAAAGAUGGAAUUGCUGAUCGACAUAGACUUACCGUUGGUGGUUAUAGUUAUGGAGGUUUGUUAACAAACUGGUUGAUUACACAAACUAAACGUUUCAAUGCUGCCGUUGUUGGAGCUGGCAUCGUUGAGCAUGCUUCUGGUUGGGGUACUCUGGGUACACCAGGCUUUCACAAGUAUUUCUUUGGUGGAUUUCCAUGGGAAACUCCAUAUAUAUAUCAAAGUGAAUCACCUUUUUAUCAAUUAGAUAAAGUACGAACACCUACACAUAUCGUUGCUGGUGAACGUGAUAUGCAAGUUCCUACGAGUCAAAGUUAUAUGUUAGAACGUGCACUUUAUUAUCGACAGAUACCAGCAAAACUCAUUAUUUUCCCAAAUGAAGGACAUAUAAUGGAUUUUAAUCCUAUACAUGGAAAAGUCAAAAUUCGAGAAGAACUUAAAUGGUUGAAAAAGUAUGGUAAUCAAUCAUUCAAUUACAAUGAACUAUCUAAUAAUAAUGAAAAACUAACAUUAAGUUUUGUAUUUGAAAUCUAUGUUUUAUUCUUACUCUAUCUAGUUUGA